GUCACCAUCUUUCAGGGUUCGCGAUGGGUGUACUUGCUUGGAAAUUAUGCGCGUUGUUCCAUCUUUGAAACACAAAAAGUUCUGCGCCCUGCGUGGUGUGAUUCCCAGGGCUGGUGGGCAGCAAGUGCCACUUGCCGCAAAGGUGUUCAUAAUCUCCUGUAAAGUGUAGUGGGUCUCUCAUUUCCAGAUGCAGGCGAGGUUCGCAAUGCUAGAUGCGAUUUUAUUGAUAGAGAGAGAGAGGAAGGAAGGGGGCGGCUGCGAGGAAUAGCGAGGACAGAGUGGCUCGCGUUUCCCAAUGCGGGUGAGUGGCAGAUCUCAAUAAGUUGGAUAUGCCAGAAGGCGGUGGAAGAAUGGAGUAUGACAGAGUGAAUAGGUCUAAUUUUUGCACACGGAUCAGUCAGUGAGCUUCUGAAAACCCCACCGCAACCUGCUUGCAUUGAGUGCCACCAUAUCUACUUUGAAGACGUUGGAACGCCUGGCUGCCGCAACAGGAGUUCAUUGAGCAUGGCUUUGGGCGUCGGCAAGUUUCAUGUCAAUCAGAUACUUCAGAGCAUGAGUCAAAAGGAAAGGAAAUCUAGAGACCGCCUUCCUCCCCAGUCAACGGCGGUAGUGGAUCCAACUGACUAGGUCACGAGUGUCGUUGGUUGCAAUUCGAAUCUCUCCACAGAGAGUGCAUUCAAUUCGCGAAUGCUGUGUUAGGGAUUCGAUUGCUCGUCGAAGGAUACAACGCAAUGGGCGUGGUUUUGAGAAAAAGAGGCGCUAUGGAAGAUCUCUGCAACGAACUUCUAGAACUCGUUCUGAAGAGACUGCCUUUACGUGACGCAGUCCGUGCGCGAGUUGUUUGCCGGCGCUGGCGAGAUCGAAUCGAUGCGGAGCAGUUUCAUUUUCAAUCCAGCAGAUGCCGUUCCUAUAGCCCGCUUGUGUUUAAGCGCACGGACGACGGCCAACACACUUGGUGGGGCUACAACAAUGCGACGGGGCAGUGGGAUCCACUCCCUUCCCUGUCGCAUGUCCCUAGAAGCAUCAGCUUCCUUCCUUUCGUUGGAAGCGGACAUGGCCUGCUGGGAUUCAAAAUUACUAAUGAGCUUUCCAAUUACAUCGUCGGAAACCCUUACACCCAUAAAUGGAGAACCUUCAAACUAGCAGAUUGUUGGGGUGACGCUGCCAUGUUUAUGAUUAGCAGCGGGCGAGACGAGUUUUAUGUCGUCGCAGUGCGGGAUGAGGAGACGCACAUUUAUAGCUCCGUUGCCGACGGUUGGGAAAAAGUGGGGCGGACACCAUCAAGUGUAUCCGGGGGGCAAAUAGUCACCCGCAUCAAAAAGAAAGAAUGCGCUGCCGUGUGUAACGGGUGCUUAUACUCUGCCAGUGUGGAUGGUGACAUGCUGAUCUCGUUCGACAUGGGCACCGCACAAUGGACGAACGACAGGAUUAGCAUCCCGAUUGACACGACCAAGCGAUCGAUGCAACUGCUGGAGUGUGCUGGGACCAUCUAUGCCGUGACACAAGAUGACACCACCGGAAGGGUUCGGGUUUGGGGAUUAAUCAUGGAGAUUCGCGAAUUUUCACUCAUUGUGGAGAUGCCGCGGGAGUUUCAAGAGUACUUGAAGCCACUAGACUGUAAAACCACGACGAUGCGACGUGCAAAGAAAGUCGAAAAAGUCUGGCUGAAGUCCUUCGGCCACGGCCACGAGUUUUUCUUCUGGCGCCACAGGAGUCUCCAAGCUGUCAGGUACGAUCUUGUGGCGCAAGAAUGGCGAAAGCUUCCGGAAUUCUUACUACGGGAUUCUGAGUUGACGGGCGGGCGGGAGGAACCUCAGGUUGAAAUCGACGCGGGCUUCUUUGAACCGCGUUUCGAGCCAUUUUUUCGUCCUUAGGUUGUUGCAAAUAUCACCUUAUUGGUGUAAUUGCGGGUUGUUCACUUGAGUCAGAUUCUCAAAUAUCGUGACGAUGAAUUCCAAAUUGUGCAUGUUAGACUUCGACGAUGAGUUCAAUUGUCAGUGGAUAACAUAACUGUUUGGUGUUGAUCACCUACGACUUGCAAUUUCGUAAUGCAAUGUGCUACAAUCGUUGAAAAUA